UCAGAAGUUGUUCAGUUGAGAUUGAAUCGCGCGAAGCGUCAAGAGCGAGUGUGAGCGAUUUUCCUUCCACGCUGUCGGUGUCUCGGUUGGAUUUCUUUUUUUUUACUUUUUUCAGCUGAAGCAAUUGGUUUGGGAAGUACUUGAACGGCGGUGGUUUUCUUUAGAACUAUUGCCUAGGUUAGACACAAUCGAUUUGCCUGGGAUGUUGCUGAUUGAUACAUUGUUUAGUGGUGAUUCGAUCCAGCGUGUACUAGUCUGAAAUAGAACGCUACGGUACAUUUAGUUCACAAGUUUAACGGAACUGCUACAUUGUCAGUAGUAGAAGUGCAAGUUUAUGACCUGUUGUAUCACGAAAAGUUCGGUCCAGGACAGUAAGUCGUUCGGUAAAUAGUUGCUGCUACAAAGUAGCAGAAUUAUCACUAGCGGAAUUAACCCUGCUGUGGGUUGUGGGCGGUUGGCAAUCUAGGCAGUUUACUAAAAAGCGGGGAAAAUUGCCAGCAGCGAAAAAAUUUCCAUCUCUAGCUUUGGGCCACCCGGUGAAUGGAAGGUAGAGAAAAACCGGGCUGUUUGGCUGUUGGUAAAUAAUUUAAAUAAAAUUGCAAAAGUUUUAUCGCUUGUGUGCGACGUUCAGUGACCAAGCGACUGUCCGAGAGUCUCCGAUGUAACAUAACCGCAAAAUUAUUACACUGAGACAAUGUUUGGCCGACUGUUUGUGCUGGCGCUGCUGGGAAACUUUGUCCUCCAAUGGGAUGUUGGCGCAGCUCAGCGUCGCAAUGUGGCUGAUAUCGAACUGGAUGAAGAAAACGAGGCCAUCUGUAUGAAGGCGUGCUAUGUGGAAGAUUUAAGGAACAUUCGGGAGUACACCCAAAACCCACUGAACGUAACUAUCAACCAUUGCUUUCUCCAGGAGCUUCCGAAUGCCAUCUUCAUCAGAUUCACUGAUCUUCAAAUACUGGAAAUAAGUGACAGCAGACUGAAUCAUCUGCAGGAUUACGCCUUGAACGGUUUGAAAAAUCUUGAGGUGUUAAACUUUUCAAAAAACAAUCUAACAUCCAUUAAAUCCUGGAGUGAUCAUGACUUGGAACAGCUUCAGACGCUAGAUAUUCGCAAGAACCUAGUGAAAAGCAUAAAUUCUCAAUCCUUCAAGCGCUACCCCAACUUAGCCAAACUAAUCCUAUCAAACAAUUUCCUAACAACAAUUCCCGAAGGUACCUUUUCAGAAGUACCGCAUCUACGAUACCUCAGUCUAGGCCGAAACUUAUUGACUUCAAUCGAAGAGCACACCCUUAAAGGCCUCAGCAAACUGACCCACGUGUCCUUCCACCACAACCAGAUAUCGUACGUUGACUUCUUCGCAUUCAUCGGGAACAGUCAUCUAAAACAUCUGCAGCUGCAGGGCAAUCAGAUCAGCAUUUUCGAAACGGAUCUACUGUCCAAUCUGCCGCGGCUAGCCUUCCUCAACAUAAGUCACAACUAUCUGGAGCAAGUCGGCGAAAACACCUUCAAAAAGAAUGCCGAUCUACGGACGCUGGAUCUGAGCUUCAAUCGCAUCGAAAGAUUCCAGGAAGACAGCCUCAAGGGACUGGUCAGCUUGGAGGUAUUUAACGCCAGUCACAACCAGCUCAACCUGUUAAACAAAUACAUUUUCAAAGACUUUUCGGCCUUGCGAGUGCUGGAUCUUUCCGGAAACAGAUUGCCCUACAUCGACAACAAACUGUUCGAGUACUGCUCCCGGAUGGAAAUCCUAAAUCUGUCCCGGAACGAAAUCAACGAAAUCGAGCCCACCAUUUUCGAGGACACCGGUAAACUCGCAAUCCUGGACCUAUCGCACAAUUCGCUCAAGGAAGAUGCCUUCCUGCUUCCCGUCAUCAAUCUGCAACACUUGAACAUGAGCUACAAUCAAUUUGCACGGCUGAACACCUCUCUACUGGAGAGCAUCCAACAAGUCGACCUGUAUCACAAUCCUUGGGGCUGCCACUUCCUGAUCCUGGAGCUGAUGAGGCAGAACAAAAAUGUCCGCUAUGGCAAAAACUACGUGGUGCACUCGACGGAAAGCAUUUUGAAUACGCUCGGGAUCGAGUGCAUCGACGAGCGAGGGAAAACCCGUGACAUCGUAGUGGUGGAAAAAACAAUCAAGGAAGAGUACAGCUCAGAGGAUUAUCACCGAUACCGGUUCUUCCACGAAGCGUCUCCUGAUACCAGGCCCAUCCAGGACAACUUCGAUACCAAGUCGACAAUCCUGUGGCUAAUGUCCGGCUUUUUCGUUGUGCUCGGUGCUUUCAAACUAAUCCAGCUGAUCCUGAGACAUUCAGAACAUCAAAGCGAAAAAUGGAGGCAGGCCCAGCACUUGAACCGACAAGACGAGACCGAGUAUCCGCUUUCGCCCACAACGGCAACACCCGGCCAGGCAUCCGUGUCGUCGACCGGGUUUCUUUUCCCCCCGAACCAUCAUCCCUCCAGCCAGCGACAGUACACACCCACGAUAAGCUAAUUGGAGAUAAUUCUGCUUACUUUACUGUAUAUGUUCGCAUAUUAGUCGAUUUUUUUUACCACUGUGACUCGACGAAUCGACCAACAGUUUUCUGCGACUUUCAAAUACAAACACUCAUAAGUUUUAAGCAAAAUGUAACGUACAAUGAGGCUUUGUUAAAUUUAAUAAUAGUAAACUUAUAUUAGAACGAAAAAAUAAAAGAGCAUCGGCUUGAUGGUCAGUGUUUGUUGAAUCUCAUUGAUUACAUAAGGCAACAGAAUGCACAUUUUUCUGAGGUGCGAAAAAUUUUGGAGCUUAUUUUAAUUUAAGUAAGGCCGCUGAUUCUAAAUAUGCUAUUAGUUUUUUUUAACAGCUGUUAUUUUCGAGAU